AUGAAUAAUUAUAAAUUCACCGAUAAAUCCGAAAAAACGCUUUCAGCGGCACUUGAAUUAGCUCGGGAAUAUUCACACGUUCAAGUAUCCCCUAUUCAUUUGGGAUGUGCACUAUUUGAUGAUCCGGAAGGUGAAUCAUUAAUAAAGAAUGUAAUCAAUAGAUCCGGAGGUGAUGCGAUAACUGCUGAAAGGGGUUUCAAAAAAGCUUUGGUUAAAAUUCCUACUCAAGAUCCUCCUCCGGAAGAUAUAUCACUUAAUCAUCAAAUGAAAAAAGUUUUAAGGACAGCUUAUGAUAUUGAACAAAUGCAAAAAGAUAGUUUCAUUUCUCAAGAUCAUUUGAUUUUAGCAUUAAUCGAAGAUGCUCAAUCGAUGAAAAUCUUUAUUGAAGCGGGAGUGGAUAAGAAAGCUUUGGAAAGAGCUAUUAUUCAAAUUAGAGGGAAUCGAAGGGUAGAAACACAGAGUGCGGAAGAAAAUUAUGAAGCUCUAAGUAAAUAUGCAGUUGAUCUGAUCGCCUUAGCAAAAGCAGGAAAACUUGAUCCUGUUAUAGGUCGUGACGAUGAAAUUCGUCGAGUAAUUCGAGUUCUUGCCAGAAGAACUAAGAAUAAUCCAGUAAUAAUUGGUGAACCAGGUGUAGGUAAAACUGCUAUCGUAGAAGCCGGAGCAAAAUAUCGUGGUGAAUUUGAAGAAAGGUUAAAGUCAGUUUUAAAAGAAGUCAAAGAAUCCGAGGAAGGAAUUAUUUUAUUCAUUGAUGAAAUUCAUUUAGUAUUAGGUGCUGGUAAAACAGAAGGUUCAAUGGAUGCAGCUAAUCUUUUAAAACCAAUGUUAGCUCGAGGUGAAUUAAGAUGUAUUGGGGCCACAACAUUAAAUGAAUAUCGUAAAUAUGUUGAAAAGGAUGCAGCAUUUGAACGUAGAUUUCAACAAGUAUUAGUUGGGGAACCAUCAGUACAAGAUACUAUUAGUAUUUUACGUGGUUUAAAAGAACGUUACGAAACUCAUCACGGGGUUAAAAUUUCCGAUGCGGCACUAGUGGCAGCUGCUCAAUUAUCAUCAAGAUAUAUUACCAAUAGAUUUUUACCUGAUAAAGCUAUUGAUUUAAUGGAUGAAGCUUGUGCAAAUACUAGAGUUCAACUUGAUUCAAGACCAGAAAUUAUUGAUCAACUGGAACGUCGUCAUCUUCAAUUAGAAGUUGAAGCAGCUGCUUUAGCUAAAGAAAAAGAUGAACCAAGUCGUCAACGUCUUCAAAAAGUUAAAGAAGAAAUGUCAGAAAUUCAAGAACAAUUAUCACCAUUACGAGCAAGAUAUGACAAUGAAAAGAAUCGAAUUGAUCAAAUUAGAAUGCUUCAACAAAAAUUAGAUGAUUUAAAAGCCAAAGCCAAUGCUGCUGAAUUACGAGCAGAUAUUCAACAAGCAGCUGAUCUUAGAUAUUAUGCUAUACCUGAAGUAGAAAAUCGAAUUCAAAUUUUACAAACUCGAAAAACUCAAGAAGAAGAAGAUAAAGCCACAACUAAUAAUCUUUUAACUGAAGUAGUAGGACCUGAACAAAUUAAUGAAGUAGUUUCAAGAUGGACUGGAAUACCUGUAUCACGAUUAUCUAAAAGUCAAGCGGAAAGAUUACUUAAUUUAGCUGAUGCACUUCAUAAGAGGGUGGUUGGUCAAGAUGCAGCAGUUGAGUCAAUUUCUUUUGCAAUAUUAAGAAGUAGAGCUGGAUUAGCAAAAGCAAAUCAACCACUUGGUAGUUUCUUAUUUCUUGGACCUACUGGUGUGGGUAAAACCGAAUUAAGUAAAGCACUCGCACAAGAAUUAUUUGAUGAUGAGAAAUAUAUCAUAAGGAUUGAUAUGUCAGAAUAUAUGGAAAGUCAUUCCGUAUCACGUCUUAUUGGAGCGCCACCAGGUUAUGUUGGUCACGAAGAAGGUGGACAACUUACCGAGUCAGUAAGAAGACGACCAUAUAGUGUAAUAUUAUUUGAUGAGAUUGAAAAAGCACAUGUACAAGUUUUAAAUAUUUUAUUACAAGUAUUGGAUGAUGGACGAUUAACAGAUGGUCAAGGACGACAUGUUGAUUUUAGUUUAACAACAGAAACUAUAAGUGAUAGCAUAAAAGAAAGUGUGAUGAUGGAUGUGAAAUUACAUUUAAGACCAGAAUUUUUAAAUCGUUUGGAUGAUAUUAUUAUAUUUACUCCUUUGGGACGUCAACUUGUUGAUAUUCAAAUACAAGCACUUAAUGAACGAUUACAAGAUAAGAGAAUAACUUUAAAUAUUGAUGAAAGUGCAAGAAAUUGGCUUACAGAGAAUGGUUAUGAUCCAGUUUAUGGUGCACGUCCAUUAAAUAGAUUAAUUAAGAAUAAAAUAUUGAAUCCAUUAAGUAGAUUAUUGAUAGAUGGUGGAGUACGAAAUGGUGAAAUAGCUAAUGUAACAGUAACAAGUGAUCUACAGGAUAUAGUGGUAGCAAGAAAUCAUUCAUCAGGUGAAUAUGAUAAUGAAAUGGCUAUUGAUGAAGAAGGUUUUGCUACAUGUAAUGCAUUCUGA